AUCCUCCAGGUCGCCGCGGGCGGCCAGCACUCCAUGGUGCUCUGCUACGACGGCCGCGUCUACGCGUGCGGCCUCAACGAGAACGGCCAGCUGGGCCUCGGCCGCGAGGGCGGCAGCGUCAACGGCCUCGAGCUCCCGCGCAUCAACGUGUCGUCCAUCGCGUGCGGGUCCAUGCACUCGGCCGCGCUGUCGAGCCUCGGCCACCUCUACACCUGGGGCAACGGUUCCAUGGGCCAGCUCGGUUUAGGCGACCGCCAGUCGCGCUGCAAGCCCCAGCGGGUCAAGGGGCCCCUGGAGCGGGGGGCGGCCGUGCUCCUCUGCGGCGGGUCGCACACGGUCGUCCUCACGUCGACGAAGGAGGUCUUCACCUUCGGCGACAACUCCUACGGCCAGCUGGGCAUCGGCUCCAAGGCCGCGCGCGCCCGUGCGCGCGCGACGCCGACGCGCGUCGAGUCGCUCGCGGGCAUGGACAUCUGCUUCGUGGCCGCGGGCAUGGCCGCGUCCGGCGCCCUGACCGUGUCCGGCGCCGUCUACAUGUGGGGCCAGCAGUCCUGCGGCCAGCUCGGC